UGUAGGUUUCCUGCAGAUUUUUUUAAGUGUUGCAAUGGAGCCGAGCUGGAGUUCAUUUUUAUUUCAGCAGGCCAAUGAAGCCCUCCACCACCAGCAUCAGAACAGCCUGCUGCCACUGCUCAACUCUGGGAAUGAGCCGCAGGAUCAAAAGCCUGUUCUUCCCAUCCCUCUUGACCAGAAGCCCCCAGUCAGUGCUGCUGACCUCCACAAGGAUAACAUGGCAAGCGGAGGGGGCAUGGGUGGCGGUCCGGUGGUUGUAAAGAAAGAGCCCAAGUCAAAAACGCCCUUCAUAUGCGGCUAUUGUAACAAGGCCUUUCGGGACAGCUACCACUUGAGGCGGCAUGAGUCCUGUCACACAGGCAUUAAGAUGGUGUCAAGACCCAAGAAGACGACCACAGCUCCCACCAUGGUGCCUCUCAUUUCCACUGUGCCACGGGACAACAACGGCAAUCCCUCAUACAUCUCCACAAUGGCGGGCAUCCUCACCACGGCGACCACUUCCGCAUCCACGGCCGCAGGUGUGAUGUCGGCCCUGCCUCAGCAACAGCCAGCCGUACCCAAGAAGCCCCCCAAACCAGUGAAGAAGAACCAUGGCUGCGAGAUGUGUGGCAAAGCCUUCCGCGAUGUCUACCACCUUAAUCGUCACAAGCUCUCACACUCAGACGAGAAGCCCUUCGAGUGCCAUAUCUGUCACCAGCGCUUCAAGAGGAAGGACCGUAUGACCUACCAUGUGCGCUCACACGACGGCGGUGUACACAAGCCGUAUAUCUGCUCUGUUUGUGGGAAGGGCUUCUCUCGUCCAGAUCAUCUUAGCUGUCAUGUCAAGCACGUACACUCCACAGAACGACCCUUUAAAUGCCAAGUUACGGCCUGCACGUCUGCCUUUGCCACCAAAGACCGUCUGCGCUCACACAUGAUACGGCACGAGGGCAAGGUUACCUGCAACAUCUGCGGGAAGAUGCUGAGCGCCGCCUACAUCACCAGCCACCUUAAGACCCAUGGGCAGGCCAACUUCACCUCACCCUGUAACAAAGACUCUAACAAUGUGUGCAACUCUGGCUCAGCCACGCCAGUCACUGCUUCUACUGUGUCCAACACUACGUCCAUGAAUCGCGGCAGCGUCAGCAACCCCGUCACCAUUGCCGCCCAGAUGAACAUCACCACCAACACAGUCAACAUCACCUCCCCUGUCAGCCUGCAGCACCCGGUCACCAUCACUGGUCCAAUCAACAUCGCCUCCGUCAACAUCCCGGCCACAGCGCCGAUGAACAUCGCCCAUCCCGUCGCCAUCACCUCGCCCAUGUCAAUGAACAUCACCGGUCCCCUCAACAUCGCAAUGCGACCAAUGGAUAGCAUGUCUUUCCUCUCGCAGGUCCUGCCAUCCUCCCCGCCCUGGUAGAACUAAGCCUUGUCUCCACACCCUAAAAAAAGACCACUUCUACUUGUAAACCUCAUGUCUCUUGUUUUAGUCUUCCUCUCCAGCUAUGAGGAAAAAAGAGCCUGAAGGAAUGCCGAGUAUAGGGAAUGUCUCAAUGUAGACAUUCAAUGCAGCAUCAAGGAAUACGGAUAUCAUAUGGAAGAUAGUUGGCACUUUGCGUCUCCUUUGGUCGAUUGAAGGAUAAGCAGAUCCAGAUUGUCUAGAGUUUAGUGAGGACAAAAAUAGUCAUUGCAUGGACUGGAAGACUGACAUGCUGUAUGUUUGGUGAUUUUUCACUUUUCUAGUGCCAGAAAAUCCUUGUCGGUCUGCUAUUUGAAGCGGAGCAGAUCGCCCCCUUUAAAUAGCAAACAUUUGUUAGUGUUAACGGUUCAAGGACUUUGGCAAAUAUUAACUGUGAGGAAUUUAUUUUUGUUACAUUAGCUUGCUUAUCAGUAUUUAAUAGAUUUAUGCAUUUUAAUGAGUCAUGUACAACAAAAGGGACAGUGGCUUCUAUUAAUGGCAGAUGAGGUUUUUUUUCUUUGUUUGUUUUGAAACAAUUCUCUGAAAUGAGGAAACUAAAGUUUCGUUUUUAAAAGGCCUCUUUUCAUUGUAAGCCUUUUAAACUAGCUGUGUUUUUAUUUGUAUUAUUAUAAUCAUUAUUCUUUAUAGGUAAUCUUUUGAGUUGGUCAUUCCUGAUUGUAGGAUAAUUAAGUUUCAAUAGCUGGGAUAUUCUUCUGCUUGGAGAUGUUGGACAUUACAGUAACAAUCUGAUAAAGUCUUGCACUGAACACAUAUCUUUAUGGUGAUAUUCUUAAGGCAGUAUUAUUUCGGAUCAAAUAUUGUGUUUGUGUUUGAGUGUUGGUUGUUAAACCUAUUCAAAUAGAUGCCUGGUCACCUAGUGGCUGACUUCAACACACUGAAUGGUCCAUUUUAACAUGAAUAUUAUCCUAAGAGUAUUUAGUUUUGUAACCUUGACUUCUCUGCUCUUCCUCUCUGAAGGAUGAGGGCUAUUUUCCUAAGGAGCAUUUACUCAGGGACUUUGCUGAGGUUGUCCCACUUACACUCUUCCAAACCUAAUUUUUUACGCUAUUAACACACUAAAUAUUUUUCCCUAUAUUGGUGAAUACUGAGACAUACUUAAGAGGACUGGGUGCCAAGAACUUCAUAGCUGUUGACAUGGUCAUCCAUCACCGGACUGAAACGUUAACACAACCUCUGUUGCUUGUUCGUUUACCCCAGUCACAGUAUAAUUCAAAACUGCCUUCAAAUUUUCAGGUUUCGCAUCAUUGACAGCAGCCCUGCUCCAAAUGUUUGACAAUUACAAAUUAAAAAAAGAGUCAAAAUACUUGGACAUUGAUGUUUUGUUUUAGGCACGCCAAACUUCUACACCAUGUCCUAACCAGCAGCGACCACACCAAGUAACAAGGGAUAGGACAAUAUGUCGAUCACUUUUAUAUCAGUGGUGUUGCACUGGGUAUCCCUGCCUAAUGUGAAAUGUCAUUGGUCCAAAAUUCCGCUCCUCAUAACUGGACAUUAAAGAUCAACUAUCUUCUAAAUGGUUGUGAUUGUGUCAUGCCACAUUAGCGUUCAGUGUGGGCAUGCAAAUUGCUUGUGAAACUUGGCGUAUCACACCUGGCUAGGACACGUUGAUAGGCUAUACAAAUAUCCCUAAAGAGGGGAUACACUGAUCCGAUACCUGGAUUGGUAUCGGCUCUGAUACUGACGUUUUUACCUGGAUUGGGUAUCAGUCGGAAGAGCCUGAUCUAAAUCCGAUACCACAUGUUAGUUAUGGUCAUUACCGUCAAGCUCAAAGUAUGACAUAAAAGAACCUUUAAAGUAGUCAAAAUAACUUGUGCAUUUUUUUAUAAAUAUGCAUGUAUACGCCACACGCUUCCCUAAACGCAUGCCGCCCUGUUGACACAAACGCACAUAAGCACAAGCGACGCACAAUAUGUGGGCACUCCACACAAAUUCAUCUCAGAUGUAGAUGCUAAAUAAUUUGGUUUGCUUAUAACAUGCAUUGAAAACGGCUCCUGAUGUGCAUUUCACUAGAUGUUGAAUGAGAAACAAAUUAAACUUAAUGUAAACUAGUCUAAAAACACUCUUCUGUAGUCACCUGAAGCAAUCAGUCUAAAUAAAAGACCUAAGAAAUUACAAUGCAAAUGUAUCACUAUUGUAUAAUGACAUUGUAAAAUAACAUUUGUAAUUUAACAAAUUAUACAAAAUAAUAAAAUAUUUGACAGGGUUCCAAAAUAUUACUAUGUGAUUGAAAAGUGGACUGAUAUCCAAUUACAAGUAAAUUGAUAAAUGGCUUCUUUUCAACUUGAGACUUUCAUUGGAAUAGCUUUUAAUUUUGCUGCUGCAUUCAGCAGACUGGUUAACAAAAACAAAAAAGUUUUUCUUAAUAGGCUGCACAUGUUGUUAUAUUGUUUUUAUUUUCCUGUGAUGAAAUAAUGUGUAGUUAGAGGUUUUUGUUUCUUUACACAUAAGAGUCCUCACAAUCAGUUCUACACAGUGAGUUAUAGAUAUUCUAAACUCAUUAAGAAUAAAACAACAACAUUGUUUUACGAUGUCGGCCGAUACUGAGAGUUCAGGUAUCAGAAUCGGAUCGGGAGAGAACAUAUGUUAUCAGUUCAUCCAUACACCAAAGUAGAUUUUCUCUUGGCUUUCCCCUCCCUUUUGGAUAUCAAAGCAAUAUGCCUUUCUUUGUCCAUCCUGUUCACCCAGUCAGACCUUCUUUGUGUUAUUAAAUGGUGAAACUGAUGGAAGGUAUGUUGUCAUGUCUUGCCGUCUCAUCUGAUGCUGUGUGAGCUUAUGUGAUAUGAUUGAUUUUCGAAACAAGAGUAAAACCAGCUGAAUGUGAUCAUACUUUAAAUAACGAUGUCAUAGCUACCACUGUCUGGGCAUAAAUUGCCAAAAAAAGAGUUAAGUUUGUAUUAACCAGUGUUUCUCAACUUACUAUGACAGUGUUGUCCAUUUGAACCUGGUAGUGAAAAGUUUGUAGUCUUAAACUAGUAUUACAUGGACUUACAUGUAGGGUUGUAAACUCUGAAAUAACUCAAUGGCCUGAACAAUAUUUCCUUUUUUUUUUUUUUUUUAAAUGUUUCCUUGUUUAGCUUAGGGGGCCGUUCAGAUGUAAUGCAUUAUUGCACUUAAAAAGCUAGAAGCUGUGCAGCAAUGGAACAGAAUGCAUGUUUGGAAUGGAAUGCAUGUUUGAUGCGCAUAUUUUAAAAGCAUCAAACGUGCAUCAGAGCAUCAAACGUGGCACUACUGCGUGAGAUUGCAUUCACAAUAACGUAUUCAGUGUGAACGGCCCCUUAGGCAGCUUCUUUUGGCUGAGUUUGAAGAACUGGAAUUCGAGGAAUGUGAUUAGUUGUGUUUUUCAGUCAAUUCAAAGACACAAACACUACAAAAAAUGAAAAUAUGUUUUUUUAAUUGUGCUUGUGAUAAAUGACUGUCCUUCCACAAUGGCGUCACUUCCGUGCCUGAACUGCAUGUCUGAGAAUGCCACAGUGAGUCUUCUCUGCCAGGCUAGCAGCGCUCGGCAAUGGAAACUGCCUGGGCGGCCAACUGCAGUUUAACUGUUUACCAAAUGUGUGUGGAGAUUUAGAAUCUAUUUUGCAUAUGAAAUAUCAAGUUGUCAUGUUUGAUGAACUAUGAAUUUGAUUUGUUUUGUUUUUUAAUCCUAUAUAGUAUUGUUGACAUGAAUUUACUCCUUAUGCAUCAGUAUCUUAUAAAGAACACUUUUGUUUAAAUGGGGGGGGGGGGGGAAAGGACUAAAAAGACUGUGUUCACUUUUGGAUUGGAGAUUUAAAAACAAUUUCCAGUCAUUUCUUUAGAGUCAUUUUGAUGAAUUGGCAAACCCAUGUGAAGGCCAAUGAAUGUCUAUCUUUGUACAAAACCAUUUAGCUCAGAGAAUGUGGUAGUUAUAAUAGAGACAUGCAAGGAAAACAAGUAAAAUAACCUUUUAUAAGACUUUUUGUAUUAGAACAUUAUCAUUGGUAAUUUUGUAUAUAUAAAGAGUUUUUUUUUUUUUUUUUUUGGUUAGUAAAAUAUUCUUACUUUUUUAAUGUAUGUCAAAAAUAAUUAUGUAAACACAUUGCGCAAUGUUUUAUGUGCCUUUUUAUUUGGGUUGUCUUAAUAAAAGUAAACUGUUAAGUUUGGAUUUGGCUCAUUUUGAUAUCAUGUGAUAUCUUGUGAUUUGAUGUAGCUUCUCUGGCAACGUUCCUUGCAAAUUGUAAAUUGACAUAAUAGUGCAAUCUUAGUGUAAACAAAGUAAUGUGCCCAGAAAUAUCCAUUGCCUGUGAAGUAUGACCCAACCUAGACCCUGAAUAAAAAUGUUAG